AUGCUUUCAUCACUCAGUUGGAAGAGGUUCCUCAAGCCUACCAAUAUUGGCGUCGCAAUUCUUGCUCUUUGCUCCAGUUUCCAGACUGCAUCAGCCGAGCUCCCUUCAUCAAAACGCUUCGAUUUAUCUACACCAUCCUACGACUUGUACCGCAACAAGGUGUUACAAGACUCGACAGUCCAACAGGGCUUUGCGUUCGAUAAUACCAACCGACGAUUAUUUGUUGCCCAGCGGCGCGAUGGGUCCUCAGAGACAUCUGGAGACCUGUGCAUUACCCAGUUGGACUUUGAUGGCAAUUAUGUCGGGCAUAUGUACCUGACUGGCUUUGGCCACGGCGUUUCGUUUGGUGCUCAGGCUGAAGGCUCAUCCACAUACCUGUGGACGGAGGUUGAAGCCAACGCGAAUGGAUAUGGAAAGAAGCUUGCUCGAUUCAAGUUCACUAGUGGUAGCAAGCUCUCAGCUUCCUCAUCCUCAUUAAAGAAAUUUCAACCUAUCGCUGGUGCAACCCAACAUACCUGCGCUAUCGACCCCGUUAACAACCGCCUAAUUGUGCGGUACAAUCUUAGCGGUAAACACAUUGCAGUCUUCGAUUUAGCCAAGGCAACCAGUGGAGAUUUUACCAGCCCGUUGGCAAACUUCAAGCAUCCAUCCGUGAACACCAAAUCCGAUACUUUCCAGGGCUAUGCUGCUUAUGGGCAAUAUAUCUACCUGUUGACAGGGAAUUCAUACGAUACCUCCGGAGGUGUGGUCAACUCUGAAAUUGUUAGUGUCAAUAUGAAUACUGGUGCAGUUGUGCAGGGUCCAACUUUGACAAAGGCUGGAUCUACUCUUGAAUUCCGUGAACCAGAGGGUUUAGCUAUCUAUAAGACCGUUGGCGGGGAAGUUCGCCUUUUCUUGGGCUUUGCCUCAGGCAAGGGCGCCAUGACUGUGACAACGCAUCCCAGAGAUCCUCCACCUUUAGGAGAAUUAGCAGCUAUCAUCCAACGAUCUCUUCAAGCCAAUUUUGCCAGCGCCUCAGUGAGCGUCGUGGAAUGUCCCGACCUCCGCCAGCCCCCCUUCCACCUGGCUAGCUCAGGCCUAUCAGGGAAUCCCUGCAUCGCCGAUGUUGGCGGCCAGCCGAAUCUCUUUCCACGGCCCAACUUUGAUGCCAAGUUCAAUCUUCGCUCACUGGCCAAGGAUAUGCAGAUGACAGAAGGAGAGGGCGGAUUCUUGAUUGGCGCUGGGGCAGCACCCUUCCACGAAACAGGUUAUAAUGCCGAGCUUGCAGUGAAUCUUUACACUCCACCUGGACCUCAUGCGGGGAACGAUGACCCAGAUAUUGAUCAAGUGAGGAAUGGUUCUCGAAUUAUCCAAGUCAACCAAGAUGGUUCAUCGUGUUGCGAAGUCAUCAAGAGUCUCGAUUGUGGGCUCAUGGUCAAUCUCUUUGGAUCUUCUGGCGAUACGGGCCCAGUUCUGAAAAUCACUGCUCGAACACGAACAGGUGAACAAAACUUUACCAAUUGCAUUCGACUCGGCCUUGCAGAUCAUUAUGGUGACUCGAGACCUAUCAGCCUCGGCGGUGUGUUUAUUUUGAAGGCCGGCAAAGCCAAAUUUCACAUCAUGCCGGAUUUUCCAAAGGAAGAGAACCUGCCAUUCCGAGACCGGGAACAAUUAGAAAAAGAGUGGCUUACAUAUCAUGAUUUUGAAGCUCCUGUUAUUUGUUUGACUGUCAUGCACAGCUCUGAUCCGGAGCGCUUGGGCUUGAGAAUGGAGCAUACGCACUGCUUUGAAGUGGAGCGCAAUCGAAAAGGAGGGCACUAUCAUUAUGACCUGCAGGAUGGGGGUGAGGAGGUGGAAUAUGAAGCCUAUCUGAAUGUCGCUUCUACUGUUUACCGAAUCGAUCGGCCAGAGGCAUGA